ACAGCUUCUACGGGCAGAACUCAGCUCCUCAGGAGGCGCACGGCUGAGCUGCCGCUUUAAGGGGGCGGGGUGGGGGCGGGCGCGGCGUGGCGCAGCGCGGCGGGCGGAGCGGAGCGGUGCCGGCAGCAGCAGGAAUCGUAACCCAUCACUAUGAAAAACAGCAUGCUGUGAACUUGCUUCAAGCCUUCUGCCUCAUUAGCUGUCCCCAACCAGCUGUGCUCUGAGCUUGCCUUUGAGGACAUGGCCUUCAGCAGCUGGAAGCAGCUGCUGCUGUUGGGCAAGGCCUGCAGGAGGGGAGGCCCUGCUCUGCGCUGGAAGCGCUGCUGCCACUGGAGUGCUGGCAAGUCGCUGGACCCUGAGGUGAGAGCAUUUUUGGAAGAGAACACGGAGGUGACCAGCAGUGGGCACCUGACACCAGAGAUCCGGCUGCGCCUCCUCACCCCUCGCUGCAGGUUCUGGAGGGAAAAGCCUGACCUGUGGCCAUAUGGGGAUCCGUUCUGGGCAAUUUACUGGCCAGGAGGCCAAGCCCUGUCCAGGUACAUUUUGGAUAAUCCAUGUGUUGUUAAAGGGCGAUCUGUUUUGGAUCUUGGAAGUGGAUGUGGAGCAACAGCAAUAGCUGCUGUGAUGAGUGGUGCAUCUCAAGUCCUUGCUAACGACAUUGACCCCAUUGCAGGAAUGGCAAUGAUUUUGAACUGCGAACUGAACCACGUUACUCCCUUUCCCAUCACCAUUAAGAAUAUCAUUAACUCAGAAGCUGGCAAGUGGGACCUCAUUGUUCUAGGAGAUAUGUUUUAUGAUGAACAACUUGCUGAUGAUCUUCAUCACUGGCUGAGGAAAUGCAUCAGGAUACAUGAAACUGAAGUGCUGAUCGGUGACCCUGGCAGGCAUCAGUUUUUAAGCCACAGCAUUCACAAUCAGUUGUGUAAAGUUAUAGAAUAUUCACUUCCCGAGUAUACUAGACAAGAAAACAAUGGAUUAACAUCAAGUAUUGUCUGGAGUUACCAGCCCUCAAAUAGCUUAGAAAGCCGUUAAAAGUGGUUCUCUAAUGAACUUUGUCUCACCUGGCUGUUUUCUGAGUAUACUAAAUGAAAAUAGGAAUUGAACAUGGAACGCAUCUGUUGAUACCGAGUACUGUUCCUUCACCAUACUUAUUUCAGUCAUGUUCAUUGAGGCUUUGCUCUGUUCGAGGUAAAACUACAUGCAAACUUUAUUCAGCAAGGCAUGAAGUGCAAAUCCAAAGAUAAUUACACUUUGGAAUUUGCAUGCUUGAUGUUUUAAUCUGUGUUAAUCUCACUCUUUGACACCAUUGUGAAACAUUUUAGAUAUCCAGUAUACCCCGUGGAGAGAGAGGAGGGUGGUUGAGAGAUUACUGUGCUGCUUUCACACUGUUCUGCAGCUUAUUUACAGAAAGAUGUGAAAAUGAAAAAUGUAAAGAUGUAGAUUAUUAUGUUAUACUUAAUUCCAAGUGCCUUACUUUUUUUUUUUUUUUGCUAAUCUCUUCUAAAUGUCCAAGUAAGUAAUUUGAGGCUCCCCCUUCCCUCUAAAAUAAAAAAAAUAAAUGCUGCUCUACCUUGAAGCUGUCAAGAAUGAUUAUUUAGGGAGUUGCAAUUGAAUCUAAAACAUGCAGCUUGUGCUGUAGCUGAAGUGUUUAAUGACUAAACAGCCACAGAGUAACAAUCCUUCAAAGAGAACAUUUAAGCACGUCUAUGUUCUCUAACACUGCAAGCAUAAAAAAAGAUAGUUGAUUGUGAUGGGAAACAGAAUCACAGACAGGCUGAGGCUGGAAGGGGCCUCUGGAGGUCAUCAGGUCAAACCUCCUGUUCAGUAGGGACACCCAAAGCAGUAUGCUCAGAGGAUUCUCCAGGCAGCUUCUAAAGAUCUCCAGGGAGGAGAUUCCACAACCUCUCUGGCAACCAUGUGCCAGCACUCUGUUACCUGUACAGUAAAGGAGUGUUUCCUGAUGUUCAGAUGUAACUUCAAAGCAAAUAACGAUCGUGUUUUGCAGUUAACUACAACAUAAGCAGCGGUAGGGAGCUAAACACCAAAGAAGGGAACACGAUGCACCCACAACUAUCCAAACCCUACAUGAUGUGGUAGAUGCUUAUAACUAUGAAAAAGUGUGUGGCACUCAGAAAGAGAGAUGCUUACAAAGUAGGAAGUGAACACUCAUACAAAUAUGACAUUCAUAUGUCAUAAAAAUGUAUCUUAACACAUUUUCAGAAACAUUCAAACAGAAGACUUACUGGCUUUAAUAUUCAAAGCAAUAUACAAAUAUUCAGCAGUGCUCACCCAAGAAUAUACAACUGUAACAGACAGGUACAAUAUAAAAUAUGAACUGGUAAACACAUACACAAUGUUCAUCUCCAGCUUCACUCUUGCACUCUUAAGCAUUUAUUAAAAUGACUGUGACUCAACCUGAAUCAAAAACGAUUCCAGUAGAAGGAUGCUAGUAACAAACCUAUCAAAGAGCAGUCUUAAGCUCUGGAAGUGAAGGAUUUAUUGAGACUCAAAAUUUUAAGCCUAAGAAUGCAGUAUUACUCAUCACACUGAUGUACUGUUUUUUUUGUUUUUUUUUAAA